GCUUCCCGGGGGUCGCCAUCCACCUGGCCGAGCCGCGCAUGGGCCGCAGCCGCCGCGCCUUCCUCACGCGCCUGGCGCUCUCUAAGGGCUUCCGGGUCCUGGACGCUUACAGGUGCGCGGUCGCGGAGAAGCCUGCGGCCCGGGGCCGCCCUGGGGCGCCUGCCCGCGGCGCCUUCGUGGUUGGAGGGCGCCUGCACCAGGGGCGCGGGGCGGGUGCUGCGCCCUCAGGGCUCCGAGGGACGGCUGUGCGCGUAUGGCCCGGCCAGCACGGUCCGCGGACGCUGCUGCGUGGUGGGAGCCCUCAUGUCGGUGUUCAGACUUCGCCGCGGACCAGCCACUUUCGCGAGCCGCGUUUCUUUUCAGCGGAGGACGUUAAGGUCUAAACCGACUCACCUGGCAGUGAAGGGGCCCGCGGUUUCGGAUUCCAGUUGACCACGGCUCUUGGUGCUUUCCUGGCUUUCCCCGAAUAUCCUCUCCGCAGCGGGUGCUCGCGGUUAGGGCCAGGAGUGCUCUGUGGGACCAGCAGAGGGCGUGUGCCCGGGGCUCUGGAAGGAGCCAGAGGGCCGUUUGGGGUGGUUGAGGGUAUCACCGGCUCACCGCCUUCUGCCCUGGGCGAGUGCGUCUUGCCCUGUUAGCCAGGCCGACCUCGCCCCUCAGGCAGAGACAGCGACGCGAGGCUCCGAGAUCAGCAAAAAUCCUGGGCUGGGUGCGGAGACACUGCUGCGAUUAAGGAAAUGGGUUCCCGUAGGUUUGAAGUUGACAGAGCAAGCAAACCAGGGGCCAGUCCCCCAGCAGCUUUAGUUCUGGUUUGUUUUGAAGUGAUGUAACCUUUCCCAGUGGUUAGACCCUCUCAGAGGAGUUUAGUGUGCGGGGGUCUAAGCCUCUAAGCCCUUUGGCUUAUGAGUUUGUUUAAUCUUUGCAACAACCCUCCGUGGUAGUCACGUUGUUAACGGCUUUAAAGAGGAGGAAAUCAGGGCACAGAGAAGUGAGAUGCAGCGUGUGUGGCCGAGCUGGGGUUCAGACCCAAGCAGCUUGGGUUCAGCAGAGGGAGAGGCUCAGGGCCUGGCCUCCAUUCUCAGGGGCCGAGGGAAAGGAUGGAUGAGUGGACAGAAACUUGGGCUGGGCCGCAGCUCUGUGGGUGGUGGGGUGGCACAUGCGUUCAUUGGCGAGGAGGGGCUUUCUGAGGAGGUUGUUGGAAGCAGGAACAGGUGCUUGCCAGACGGAGGGGACUGUGAGCCAAGGCGGAGCAAGGCAGGAAGGACCUCUGGGCGUCAGCUUUGUCCCCUCUCUCUGCCCAGCUCCGAGGUGACGCAUGUGGUAAUGGAACAGACCUCGGCAGAGGAGGCCAGGUGCUGGCAGGAGCGUAGGGCGGCAGCCUCUCCUCCAGAGGGCACCCGCCCGGCACUGCUGGACAUCAGCUGGUUCACGGAAAGCAUGGCAGCUGGAUGGCCUGUGCCCGUGGAGCCUCGGCACCGUCUGGAGGCGGCUGUGCCCGGGAAAGGGCCGCCCGGCCCCGUGAGGGUGCCACCUUACGCCUGCCAGCGCCCCACGCCACUCACACACCCCAACACCAGCCUCUCGGAGGCUCUGGAGGUGCUUGCAGAGGCCGCAGGCUUUGAGGGCAGUGAGGGCCGCUUCCUCUCCUUCCGCAGAGCCGCCGCGGUGCUCAAGGCCCUUCCGAGCCAGGUCACAGCCCCGAGCCAGCUGCAGGGGCUGCCCAACUUUGGAGAACACUCCUGCAGGGUCGUCCAGGAGCUGCUGGAACAUGGGGUGUGUGAGGAGGUGGAGAGGGUCCGGCGGUCAGAGCGGUACCAGACCAUGAAGCUUUUCACUGGGAUCUUUGGGGUUGGGGUAAAGACUGCUGACCGCUGGUACCGGGACGGGCUGCGGACCCUGGACAGCCUCCACGAACAGCUCCAAAGGCUGACCCAGCAGCAGAGAGCAGGACUCCAGCACUACCGUGAGCUGAGCAUCCCGGUGCAGCGGCCAGAAGCCGAGGCCCUGCAGCAGGAGGUGGAGGCUGCCGCGGUGGACAUCCUGCCCGGGGCCACUGUGACACUGGUGGGCGGCUUCCGGAGGGGUAAGUUGCACGGCCACGAUGUGGACUUGCUACUCAGCCAUCCCCAGGAGGGCCUGGUGGCAGGGCUCCUGCCCCAUGUGAUGCGCCGCCUGGAGAGGCAGGGCCUUGUCCUGUACCACCAGCACCACCGCGGCCACCCCGAAGACACUGCGUACCACCGGACCCGGCACAGCCACACCAUGGACGCCUUUGAGAGGAGUUUCUGCAUUUUCUGCCUUCCACAUUCCCCAGGGGCUGCAGCGGGGGGCGCCCACAGGCGGGCCGUGCGCGUGGACCUGGUGGCGGUCCCUGUCAGCCAGCUCCCAUUCGCCCUGCUUGGCUGGACGGGCUCUAAGCAUUUCGAGCGGGAGCUGCGCCGCUUCAGCCGGAAGGAGAGAGGGCUGUGCCUGAACAGCCAUGGGCUCUUUGACCCCGAGCAGAAGAUGCUGCUCCGUGUCGCCUCCGAGGAAGACAUAUUCAGGCACCUGGGCCUCGAGUACCUUCCUCCAGAGCAGAGAAACGCCUGAAUCUGCCUGCCUGGCCUACUCAGCGCUGGCAAGCCAGGCCCCGUGGGCUCCGGGAGAAGCUGCGAUGCUGCCCCAGGCCCUCGCCCCUGCCGACCCCUGACCGGAGCCCCACCGUGCAGGGCGCUUCUCGCCCCCUCCCCAACUUCCAGUCCAGGAUCUAAUGAAAUGAGCACGUUGUCCAAACCAAGCUCUGUGUUCUGAGCGUGCUGCUGUGACGGGGGAACGCGGGGCACCUGGCCCCCAUUGGCUAUGGGGUAAUGGUUGGGGGUUGGGGACAGGGGCCACCAUGGCAGGGUGCCACUGGGCCAGUGAGAACAUGACUGGCGCUAUCUCCCUGGUGGGGCGGUUGCGGAGCCUGAGGUGGUGGAUGGCGGUCUCCCAGGGCUCCGAGCCGGGGGAUGAGGGCCUGGAGCACCCCCUGCCCCGAGAGUCCGCCAACAUCUGGAGAAGGACAGGACGCAGAGCUGGAGCUGGGGUGGGUGGGGCAGAGACUUUCGGGUGCUGACCCCCACCUCCCAAGCAGGCGUCCCAGCUCUGCCUUUGCUCUUCCAAGCUCUGUCCUUGGGCCUUUAACAGCAGGUCGAUCAGCAUCCCCCCUCGUUCCUCACAUUCUGCAGCUCCCCUCCUCUGCACACCUCCCCCCCGCUCUGACUGAGCCGCACACGCCCGUGGGGCCAUCAUGGAGGGGCACUGAGUGUGCGUAGUCCCCUGCUUGGCCCUCGGGCCUGCUCCCGCUCCAGUGCCCUCGCUGCUGGACUAUCCACUUGGAACACUGUCCUGACGCACAGGUCUUUGUCAGGUUAGGGCUCCCCGGACCACUCUCUGGAAUAAAAAAUAUUUUUUAAAGUAA